AUGUUCAAGGGGCCUCCAGGCGUUCGAGACCAACCGGUUGAGCUAUUAUAUUCCGCUCGGACAAGUGACUCGGAACGUGAGAUCGUCUUUGCAGAGGAUGGUUCUUUGACGGUGGAGCAGCUGACAACCCGCAGUGGCAAUGUGGCGGAAGCCCUCCGAAGGGUUCAGUCUCACUUCGUGGCGGUUUGCCUACCCCGUGGUCCUGGGCUCAUCGUCGCCUUGUUAGGCGUGUGGCGUGCCAAGAAGGCCUAUGUGCCAUUGGAGCCGAGCUUUCCUCUACAGCGGAUUCGGUUCAUCCUUGAAGAUUCCGAGGCCUCGGUGGUGAUCACGGAGCGCGGCAGCGAGCCGCCGGCUUCGUUGGAGUGGCCUCGUUUGAGGUUGCAGUGGCCCAGUGGAGAGCCUGAAAUGGAUGAGGAACCUGCUCCCGCACCCGCCGUUGAGCAGGUGACGCAUUUGGCCUAUCUCAUUUACACAUCGGGCUCCACCGGAACACCAAAAGGAGUUCUCGUGCCGCAUUCUGCGGUGGCCAACGUCCUCAACGCUUUCGAAUCCCUCCGCAAGGAGAAGAGCACGGAGGAUGUCCUCCUGUCAGUGACAACUUUCUGCUUCGAUAUCUCCGUGCUGGAGAUGUUCUGGCCACUUUGCUAUGGCUUCAGCCUUCACCUAGCCUCUGCCGCUGAAAGCCGCAGCGGAGCGUUGCUGCGGCAGCGUUUGGAAGAGCUCAGCCGGAGAGCCGCAGCACGCGGUGGCCAAGUCAUUUUCCAGGCAACUCCAAGCAGCUUCAGAGGCCUCCUCAAUGCAGGCGAUGCAUCCUGCUGA